UUUAGAUUACUCAUGAAAGGAAAAGAUCGCAAGAUUUGAACGAUCGGUAUUGAUUUUAUGGAACAGUUAUUGUUUAUUAUGUACAAUUGUAAUGUUACACAACAAUAUGGAUUUUUGUGCUUAGUAGAAAACCAUGAGAUAUUUGUAAUAUUUAUUUGAUUACAAUAACAAUAUAUGAAAUAUGUGAGGUUACGUCUUACAACUGUUAUGAAGGUACUAGAGUUCAAACUGUUGUAAUAAUUGUACAAUUUGUACGCGGACCGUUUUGUCAAUUGUGUAUUUCGCGAGAAUGAACGGGGAUGUAGAAUGCAACAUUACUGCGAGGUACCGAACAGUUAGAAAACACCUGGACAACCUGGGGUACAAGCAGACGCUGUCGUUGGAUGCUCUACCUCUGAUAGAGGCCUUGUUAGUCGAUCUUAUUCAAACUACAGACAGUCUAAAACAUUUUAAAGCCGUUGCUCAGGAGAACAUCGAGGCAUGCAGCCAUUUGCAAUUGUCUGUUGAUCCUUACAAGUGUGAUAACGUGAGAUUGGUGCGAGAAUGCAACCAACUUUAUUCAGAUGUGAUAGAAACUAAGGAGGCGCAUCAGAAGCAAGUCAAGGAUUUUAAAAGGCAGAUAUACAAGUUAGAAUGUGAAUGCAAUGAUCUACAAUUGGCAUCCUCACGAAACAUACAUAAAAUAAAGGAGCUAGAGGCGGAGUCUGCUGCCAAAUCUAAAAAGAUAUUAGAACUUCAAGGCAAAUGCCUAAAACCAACUAUUAUUAAUGUUGGUCUUACUGCCAAGAAACGUCCUUGCUUUCCUCUUCGAAGGCCAGUCUUGGAAACUGAGCCAAUGCCAAGGGCAAAGGACAACAGUUCACUACCAAAAUUAAGUAGCGUGGAGCCUAAGAUAAUAGAUGUAAUAAGUAUGGCGGAUCACAAAAUGAAUUGCUUAAAUCAAGAGGUAACAAAAUUACGAGAGGAGCUUUUAUUGCAAACCGAUACCAUAGAAACCUUUGAAAAACAGUUGGCCACAAAGGAAAAAGAAAUAAUGCGACUGAGAAAAAUGUUGGAAGGUGGUCGUUCUUAUUCUGCAAUUAGCAAGGACUGCACUUGCAAAAAAAAAUCUGGUGCUACUCAUGAUGCUACAGAGAUUAAUGAAGUAAAGGUUCUCCAACAAGUCAAAUUGGAACUGGAACAACAGCUAAAAGAAUCUCUAAAUAAGCAACAUGAUGCUAUGUCUCAGGCAAUGAAACUAGCAACACGAAAUGAAGAACUAGAGAAAGAAUUACGAGAUAUAGAUCACGUUGCAUUAGCUGUAGAAGCCGACUGCAAUUCUGCAGUUAAAGAGAAUAACAGAAGAGUUUGUAGGCUCCAAGAGAAGUUAGAGAAUAUCAUGACACAAGUGCAUGUCUUGGAACGCGAGUUAACUGUAGAACGUAGAGAGGUACAAGAGUUAAGAGCAGAUCUAGAAGCAUGUAGACUUGAAAAACGUAAUAUUCAACGUACUCUAGAAUGUACAUUGGAUGAAAAGAAACAAAUGUCUGAUAAGAUCAAUCAACUAACAGUUAUUGAAAAAAGUGUAAAUAUGGAAAGACUGACUAAAGAAAAUGAUUGCCAAAAACAAGAUAUUAAUCAGUUGCAAUUUACUAAUAAAAUAUUAGAAGAACAUAUACAUAAAAAAAAUAUUGGGCAAAAUAAUGGAGGGAAUGAACAGACGCAAGCAAAAGAAAAGAGAGAAAAGAAUGAUCAGAAUAAAGGGAUGAAAACAUCAAAGAAAAAAAAUGCAUUAAAAAAUAACAGAAAUGAAAAACAUGAUGUAAUCGAUCAUCAGAUAGCGACUAACGAUAAAGAAAUUAUAAAAAAUACAAGUGGCUUUGAUAUGCAAAAAUGUAUUGAUGAAGCAGAUUUAAAAAUUGCAUCUCUUCAACAGACAAUUCAGCGAUUGGAAAUGGAACGAGAUCAUUAUAGAAAGGAAUAUAUCAAUUGUCUGGACGAACAACGUAGAACAUCUGACAAAGAUAACGCUGAUUUGUGGACACAAAUUUGUGAAUUAAAACGUGAAUUAAGUGGUAAGGAACAAGCUUUAAACAAAGCACAUCGGGAGAAGGAAGAACUGUGUCAUAAGAAAAAAGAUCUAGAAGCACAAUUGCAAACUUACAAGAAUCAGCAGAGACAGAUGUGUAUUCCUUGCAGAUCCUGCAGUUUGUGCAAACCCAUUCGUAUUUGUACCUGUGCUUCUGGCUCGCCAGUAUCUACUGGAGACGUUAACACGACAAAAAUGCUUGAACGUCUUGAACGGGAGCGAGAUACAGCCAGAGCGGAUGUUGAACGACUGAUAGACGAACGCGAUGCGUUACGGGAGAAACUUGAGAUAAUGUCGGAUACGCACAAAAGUGAACAACUUCGACUUAAGGAAAAUUUAAUCGAGGCGGAGAAUCGCUUGAAACAUAUAGAAAAAGAACGACAAGAUCUGUUGGUGACUCGGGGCACAAGAAGAGCUACAAUGAGCGAUCUCGAGGAUCAGUUAGGCGAUGUACAAGAGGAACUGCGCCGUACAAAGCAGGAAUUAAUGGCGCAACGAACGCAAUAUUUCCAACUACGAACGUUACAAGAUCAAACGGAUCAAGCGCUUGGAGAUGCUCAGGGUCAACUAUCGCAAACAGAAUCGGAAUUGAACAAGGCUGUGGAUCACAACAGAAAUAUGGAGCAGCAACAGCUACAGUUAAACGAUCAAAUCAAGGAACUGAAACAAGAAAUAAAUACUCUGCGCUCAAGCAUGACGCUCUUGGAUCAAGAAAAAGAUCGGUUAUUGAUAGUAUUGGACGAAAAGACAGAAAAGAUUGCUGCAUUGGAACGGGAAUUAACGCAUAAGGAUCAACAAAAGGAAGCGGUGCAAAAACAAAUAUGUGAUUUACAGCAUAAAAAUGAAAUAUGCAUCGGUCAAAGCGCGGAACAGGAACGUCAGCUCAGGUCAUUGCAGCUGGAGAUGGAGUCGGUACAGCGACAGUUCGAGGCCGCGUCGGUAGAUCGCGAGAACGCAAUUCACGAGAAUCGGAAACUGCAGGACGAUCUGGCGGCGUUGACCUGCGAGAUGCGAAACAUGCAACGCGAGCUGGAAACUUCGCGCGCCGAGUGCUAUGACUUGAAGAGACAAUUGCAGACUUAUGUCAGCGAAGUCCGUCGUGCUGAGGAGCUCUUAAAUCGGAAGGAGAAUGAGAGAACGGAAAUGUUGAACCAUUUCCGAAGCCUCAGCUUAGAGGCGACGGUUCUGGAGAAUAACAAUCACAGUUUAGAGUCUGAGGCGGCGGAGGCUAGAGGUGCUCUUCAAACCGCGAGGCAUCAGAUACUUGAUCUUGAGCGUCAAUUAGCGGACAGGGACUGUUUGAUAAAGGGUUACGAGACUCAGAUAAGCAGUUUGACGCAGAGCGUCGCUAGCAUGGAGAUGCAGCUGCAGCAACAAAUCGAACAGAAACACCGAGUCGAAGCCGAUCUACUGGCAGUCAGGGACCUAUGUGUUAAGUUGGACCAACAAAAGGAUACGCUUAUGGAGCAGCUUGGUGAUAAGGACACCACGAAAGCGCAUUACGAGGCGCAAUUGUCAAGACUGCAAGCCGAACAGAGUAUUGUUCAAGAUCAAAUUACUAGAGAUCGCGUGACUGUGGAACGGCUGGAAACUCUUCUGAACCAAGCUAGACAGGAGUCCAUUAAUGCGCAGACUACCAAUCAAGAGCUGCAAAAUGAAGUCUCCAGAUUAAAGCAGAAAGUUUCCGAACUUCAAAGUAAACUAUCAUCAGAAUCUGCGGAGCUUAAACAGUAUCAGAAUCAAGUGGCGGAGUACAGCAAACAGAUCAGUGAGCUCCGUAGGCAAGUCACCAAUGAGAGGUUUGACCGUGCAAGAAAGGAGGAAGAAAGUCGCAGAUAUUCUGAAGAAUCCACGAUUCUCCCUCAACAAAAAUCAUUCCAAGAUCGCACAACUCUUCCUCAAUCAGAUAUUAAGACCCCUAAUGACGAUGGUAUCGCCUCCACGUUCAGGCAAGUAGAUUGGCUGAGAAAACCGUACAACAUGAUUCCCAAAUACACAUGCGUGCGCGGUCCUAGCCAAGUGGGACUGACGAGUCACGAUCGACCUAUAUCGUUUUUGCUCGAGUGUCGGUGUUCCUCUUUCGAAAAAUGUAUCUCCUCCGCUGAUUUUGUGCCAUGCCCCAGCACGUUUUCCUCGCAACGCAAGUCUGUCGGCGACACAGAUAAAAGCCUAGAAGUUUCCUUAACGGAGAAAGUAUAGUAAAUACCUAGUUAAUGUUUCAAAAACGCUUUCCGAGCUUUUGUAAGAACCUUUAGCAUUUCCGAGAUAAUUUUUACGCUACUCACGUAUGCACACAUACACACACACACACAUUUGUAGGAAAUAUAUGAAUUUUAUCGUUUACAAUUAUCGUCUUUUUGAUGCGAGAUGAUUUCCGCUAUUAAGGGGAUCCUAAAGUAAAGCCCGAACUCCGACGAAAUUACUAAAGGUCGCUGUUUUUCCAGCGCAUCAACAUAUCUUUAUAUACUACCUCACCAAUAUCUCAUGCAACCUAUGAUACAUGCAGUUGCACGUUCGUGUCAAUUUUCGUAUAACAAAUUCAUCGCGAUAAAGCGUCUAAGUCUAAUUCUAAGAACUUGACGUUAUUUGUUCGUGCAAACUAUGUACGUGUCUGUGGAUUACUACUCCGUAAGUACAGGUUGCAAAACUUUCGUAUCAAGCAAAUGUUGUCACG